ACGCAGAAGUCCGGGACUUGGAGUAGCGACGAGCACGCACGGUACUGCGAAGCUCUCGAGAUGUAUCGCUACGGGUCUUGGAGGCAAAUUGCAGCGCAUGUCGGCACAAGAACCGAGCGGCAGGUACUGAGUCACGCUCAGAGCAUUCGCGCCAAGGAGAAACGA